UCAGAACUCACAUAAUACAGUUGGAGCCAGUGAGAAACGGUAGCAACAGAUCAAAAUGGAGCAGAAAUUGAUAUAUACUACUUUGCUGGUUGGGAUAGUGCUCCAGGCAACUCAGGUGCUGUCUGCUCCAAAAGGAAAGCCAUUGCCCGCUUUUCUUAAGGUUUGCCAGCGUGAUUCUCCCGACCUGAAUUCGUGUGCCCGUGAAUCCUUUGAAUCGCUGAAGCCUCGUCUUAUGGAUGGAAUCCCAGAGCUUUUUAUUCCCCCCAUGGAGCCGCUAAUAGUGCCAGAAAUUAAAAUGGAUCAGGACUCCGGAGCCAUCUUUUUGCAUUCUACGUACAAGAAUGUGAAGAUCACAGGCAUGUCGAAACAUACAUUGAACGAUCUGAAAAUCGAUCCAAGUCAAUUUAAGUUUUAUGUCUCGAUGACGUUUCCCAAACUGCACUUGGAGUCGGAAUACAACAUUAAAGGCAAGAUCAUGAUGAUGCCCCUAUUGGGUGACGGUCAAUGUUUUGUGGAUCUGACUAAUAUCACAAUGCACACGGAGAUGAUUGGCGAAGAGUAUACGCAGGAUGGUGCCAUCUUCUUGAAGAUCAAAGAUAUCAAGGUCAAAUACGAUCUCCAGUCUGUGCACAUGCAGCUGGAUAAUCUUUUUAAUGGCGACAAGGCACUGGGUCAGCGUAUGAACGAUUUCCUCAACGAGAACUGGAAAUCUUUGGCCGAGGAGGUGCGUCCGCUAAUGACCAACGUCCUGGAGGAUAUUAUGAGAGCCUCUGUUGACAAAUUGUUUAAGGCCUUCAGCUACGAUGAACUGCUACCCAAAAUGAAGCUUUAAUCAUUUACAGGAAUGUAUUAACUAAAUAUU